AUGAAGCUGUACAGCCUCAGUGUCCUCUACAAAGGCGGGGCCAAGGUAGUACUGCUCAAAGUCGGGUACGACGAUGUGGCUUCCUUCAGCUUUUCUCAGAGAUCCAGCGUUCAGGAAUUCAUGACCUUCACAAGUCAACUGAUUAUGGAGCGCUCAUCUAAAGGCACUAGAGCUUCUGUCGCAGAACAAGACUAUCUGUGGCACGUCUAUGUUCAGAAUGACAGUCUUGCAGGUGUCAUCAUUACUGACAAUGAGUGCCCAUCCCUGGUGGCCUUUACCUUGCUGGAGAAAGUACUAGAUGAAUUCUCCAAGCAAGUCAACAGGAAAGACUGGCCAGUAGGAUCCCCUGCUACAAUCCAUUCUGCAUCCCUGGAUGGUCACCUCAGUAGAUACCAGAACCCACGAGACGCUGACCCCAUGACUAAAGUGCAGGCCGAACCAGACGAGACCCAGAUCAUUCUGCACAAUACCAUGGAUUCUUUGUUAGAGCGAGGUGAGAAGCUAGGUGGCUUGGUGUCCAAAUCCGAGGUGCUAGGAACAGGUGCCUUCUAUAAAACUGCCCGGAAACAAAACUCGUGUUGUGCAAUGGCCCAGCACUGGAACAGCACCAUCAUUCGCAUCAGAACUGCAGCCCCCAGAGAAGAAGAGACAGUCCUACACGAGGACCUGGAGUGGGGGCACACGGGCCAUUUUUAUUUUGAAGUUCCCAGGAGAAGCAGGGAUGGUGGAAGGGUGGAGAAUGUUCAAAUUAAUAUGUGUGGUAGUGAUUCUUGGAAAGAAUUUGAGGUCCAUGAAGGUGGAUUUUUGGGCAAAUGA